AUGGAUGGAAUUGCUGAUGGAAUAGUGGGGAUUGUUGUUGGGAGUGUGGGCAGUGAGUUGGCUGGCAAUGGAGGUAGAGUAGUUGGCAAGGGUGUUGUAGGCAAUGCUGAUUUCGGCAACGAUGGGAUUGAUGGCAAUGGCGGCAUUGUGGCCUUUGGCAGAGAUGGGGCAGUUGGAAGUGAAGGCAAAGGGUUUGAGGGCAGAGGUGGCAAUGUGGCCUUGGGCAGUAUUGGUAGUGAGCUGGCUGGCAAUGGAGGUAGUGUCGCGGGCAAGGGGGUUGUCGGCACAGUAGGCAAUGCUGAUUUUGGCAAAGAUGGGAUUACAGGUGGGGUGAUAGGCGGUGUAGGCAAUGGGGUAGAUGGCAAUGGUGGCAAAGUGGCUUUUGGAAGAGUUGGGGUAGUUGGAAGUGUAGGCAAGGGGUUUGAGGGCAAUGGUGGCGAUGUGGCCUUGGGCAGUGUUGGUACCGAAGGCAACGGGGGCAGGGUGGCCUUAGGCAGUGUUGGUGCCGAGGGUAGUGGAGGCAAUGCAGUCUUGGGUAGAGAGGGAAUUGUGGGUAGUACUGGCAAUGCUGGUGGAGGAGCCGCUGCUGUGUCCAAGAGGUGGCGAGCUGCUUGGCUCUUAUGGGUACUUGACAGUAGCAACAUCAUGGCCAAAGACAGAACGAAGAAAAGCUUAGAAGAAGUCAUGUUUGAGUUUAUAGGAGCUGCCAAGGCAAAUCUCAUCAGAAAAGAAAUGUUGUUUCUUGUGAUGAUGAGAUGA